GAGCCAGCGAUUCGCAGUCUAGUAUUUUCCCUGCCUCGGGCGCAUGCUCGGGCCCCUUCCCUGAGCUAGGGCUGGGCCGAGCUACGCAGUUUGGGAGCCAGAGCCGGAGCGAAGGCAGCCACUGUUAGCAGUUCCCGGGCCUCAUUAGGGACUUAUAGACAGACGGGCUGCUAUGGCAUCCUACUACGAGAUCCUGGAUGUGCCUCCAAGUGCCUCCCCUGAUGACAUCAAGAAGGCCUACAGAAAGAAGGCACUCCAGUGGCAUCCAGACAAGAAUCCUGACAACAAGGAAUUUGCAGAGCAGAAAUUUAAGGAAGUUGCAGAGGCCUAUGAAGUGCUGUCAGAUAAGCAAAAACGGGACCUCUAUGACCGCUAUGGCAAAGAUGGACUGUCUGGGCCUGCAGGUUCAGAAUCUCCAAGGGCUGGAUCUGGUGGAUUCACCUUCACCUUUCGAAAUCCUGAGGACGUCUUCAGGGAAUUUUUUGGGGGCCAAGACCCAUUUGCUGACUUUUUUGAUGACCUAGGACCGAGUCAGGGCCCGCUGCAUUCCAGAGGCUUUUUUGGUUUUUCUCCCUUCUCUUCCCACCCAGACUUUGCUUCAUCCUUCUCCUUCAGUCCUGGGGCCCACGCCCUACGUUCUGUGACCACCUCUACCACCUUUGUGAAUGGCCGCCGAGUUACAACUCGAAGAAUCAGGGAAAAUGGAGAGGAGCGGGUGGAGGUGGAGGAGGAUGGGCAGCUGAAGACAGUCCUUGUCAAUGGAGUCCCUGAUGACCUGGCGCUGGGGCUGGAACUGAGUCGCCGAGAGCAGAUGCAUUUGACCAAAGAACCUAGUGGGGCCGUGCCCAAGUCUUUCCAUGUCUCAGGCCUCUCGGACAAUGAAGACGAGGACAUGCAGCUAGCCAUGGCCUAUAGUCUGUCUGAGAAGGAAGCAGCUGAAAAGAAGGCUGCAGGUGGGCGGCAGGGCAGUCAACAGCAUGAGAGUGCUGGGACCCGGGCCCACAAAGCAGCAGAGAAGAAGGCCACAGGGGGGCGGCAGGCCAGUCAGCAGCAGAGGAGUCCUGACACCCAGGCCCAGGAAGCAGCUGGGAAGAAGUCUGCAGAUGUAUUCUGAACUGGAUGUCCGGGACCCAGAGCCAUCGCAAAGCUCCUUCAGGAUGUCGCCCUUCCCUGGGUGCAGGGUGGGGGGAUUCCCCUCCAUUCCUCUCCCCCAUCCAUGCUGAGCUCGGAGCCAUGGCCUGGAUGGUGUGCUUCAGGGGCAGGUGGGCGGUGGGUUAGUAGUGGUAGACAACAGACUUCCCAGGGGCCUGUGUUCAGUAGCCCUUGAAAACUACAUGUCCCAUAAUGCUAUGUACCCCUUCAUGAAUUGCCUGGGUGAAACUGUGAUGUGGGAGCAAUGCAUCUUAGGGCAUGCAGUUUCCACCAGUACCAGCCACAGGCUGCCUCUCUUCUGUCCUGUGAUGACACGGAAGAGUCCUAUCCCUCGUAGAGGUGGAGAGUGUGUGGAUACGCUGGGGAGAGGAAGAGUCCGGGGUUGGAGCCAGCCAGCUAAAUCCUAGGCUCCUCCAAAUCUGUCUCACCAUUGGACUCCACUGGUUGGGGGAGGAGCCAAGAUGGGGGGAGAAAUAAUGGGAGGGAGAAACUUUAUUCAUCUGUGCAGUGAUGGGUCCUGGAAAACAAAGCAGCCACCCCCCCCCCCCCCCCCCGCGCGGGGCCCGC